AUGGCAACAAGAACAAGAGAGACUGCUUCUGGAAAGGAGAAAAGGGGAACUUCCCCUUCAUACCCCAAAAAAACUCCCAACUCUAAACCAAGCUCUCCUGAAAAAUCUGCAUCAGAUAAACAUGUACCAAAUUAUCUCAAGCCUACAAUAAGUUCAGGUCUUGAUGCUUCUAAACAGCUUGGUAAGAAACCGUCUUCGAUUGACAAUGCCAACAAGCCUAAUCUUGCAAGAAGGAGAUCCUUCGACAAGCCUCCGUCCCUUUCUGGUACUCAAAAAACACGCUUUCCAUCUAGUCCUGCUAUUCGAUCUUCCUCGUCUUCGAGUAAACCGAUGACAACUACGCAUAAAUCUAUUCCAGAUAAGUUGUUGAAGACACCGACAAAGGUUGCCGGUAAACACUUUUUUAUUGCGAGACCUUUAAGUACUACCAAGAAGGGAAGCCCCGGCAAUAAGAAACAAGACACUGCAAGGAGUGGUUCAAUAACAAUAGAACAAGUCACUAGCCCUGAUAAAUCUGAUGCAUUACAAGUUGAAAUAGGACAAGAUGAACAAGAAUCUUCAGUUACUGAUGCUGAAUAUGAAGAGACGGUGCAUGAAAUGGGACCUGAAAAUUUAGUAGUGGAAGAUGAGGUGCCGAUAAUUAUUACAAGGCAGGCUGAACCCGAGAACAUCCCGGACGAGGAUGUUGUGACUAUUGAAUCGUAUACGGUUUCAGAACAGCCAGAAGUCUCCCUUGAAGUCGAGACAAAAGAAUUACCAGAAGACGAACCAAAGAUUGAAUUAGAAGAACACGUUGUGAAUGUAAACAAUCACACACAAACUGAUGAAAUUCUUGAAGAUAAUUCAAAAGCAGCAGUCGAAGAGAAGGAAGUAGCAAUAGCAUCGGAUGGAAGGGAAACUACUGAUUCUGAGGAACAAGAAAUGAAAGAAGUUGAGGAAGUUAAGCCCGAGGCUGAAAUUGAGGAGUCGAAACAAGAAGACUGCGAAAAGAAGAAGGAAUCCCUAGUUUCGAAUGAUGUAAUUGAGGAGACUGCAAGCAAGCUGCGAGAGCAGAGGAAGAACAAGGUUAAAGCACUUGCCGGGGCCUUUGAAACUGUCAUAUCCUUACAGGAGCCCAAGUGA